UCUCUCUCUCUCUCUCAAAUCCGAAUGUGAAGAUGAGUCGGAGCUCCGACCCAGAGAACCCGCUUCUGGGCUACACUCUCUUCCCCAACCUCAAGUUCACGCCGGACCCAUCCAAACCCUACGACUUCGACCGCGAACUCCAAGCCAUCGACCUCCACCUCAGGUCCACCACGGCUUCACUGCCUGGUAUUAAAGAGCAGGCAAAGAACAUUAUAAGUGGCACAGUUCCGGAGUCGGAAAUAUCACAAGCCUUGAAACGCCUGACUGAACAGGUUCCUGGAAAUGCUGUUGAAAAUCACCGGGAGAGAAGACCAGACUUGGGUCGUCAAAAACGGGCUCGUUUUUCUUUAAAACCUAAUUUCAGUCAACCUGAUAUUACUUUAAGAGCAACUUUUGAUUCCAAAAAGUACAAAGACCCCGAAGAAUACUUCACCAACUACGAAAGGAAUGAGAAUGCUAAAAGAGAACUGGAGAAUCAGAUGGGUUGCGCUAGUUUGGAUGGAGAUAAGCAGAAUCCAUCACAGAUUACACGUGCCAGGCGACCAGGAAUUCCGCGGAGGUCUGUGAAAUACAAGCAUCGUAUUUCAGCACUUGAUAGUGAAAUCAAUGAGAGUGUUAUAUUCACUCAAGACACAUUUGAAACAAGCAUUUUCAGUCCACAGAAGCACAGCUCAUAUAACAAAUCGCAGGAAAAUGUUGAAAGGGAGGAGACGGAUUUACCUGGUUCAAAAGUCAAGGACGACAACAGUAGGAACAAUGAAAUCCUGGAUGGGCUGUUGUCUCAGCCUACCGAAGAACUAGAAGGGGAUGGCGCUGUGCGUCUUGUAAAGGAGAGCUUGCACAUUAAAAACUUUGAACUAGAGGAUAUCUGCCUUCAAGAAAUCCCACAUAUCCAAAUAGCUGAUUUGAAGUCUUCCAGAAGAACCUUGCCAAAUCCUAGACAAACACCACAAAAGAGCCCGUUGGCUUCAUUGUCUGUACUUAGUAAGAGAAGCUCACUGUCAAUUGCAUCAAAAGACCCAUUUUCAGCUUUUGAUAUUGAUCGAGUUCUCGAGACAAAUCCUUCUUCAGUUGAGAAUAGAAGUAAACAAUCUGAUGUGAUUGGCAUUGCAGAGAAGAAAAUGGUUUCUGAUGAGCUGAGGUCACCUUUAAUUAAACAAAAUGACAAGAUUGAAAGUGUGAAAACAGGUUCAUGUGAGGUGGCUAUUAAAGAAUUCAAUAAUGCAUCAAAAAGGUCUAAGAGGAAGAGCCUAAUUAGACCUGGUGUUGCUCAUGAUGUUGACAUGGAGGAGGAGAUUGGAGGCAGUAAGGUAUUGAAUGAGACAAUUAGUAUGCCUGAAGGUGAUACAGAUUCUAUGGCAAAUGGGGUCAAUUAUAGCGACAAGGUGGAAGAGAAGCUGCUGGAAGCAGAUCCUGAAGUUAAUGCGGCAGAUUCAACUCUUGAGAAGUUUAAUGGUGCUGAGAGUCAAGUUGCCGAUGAUGUGAUUUAUAGUGAUAAUAUACGAGAGGAAGACAGUACGCACAAAGCAGUGCCUGAACAUAAUGUGGUAGACUCAACUUUGGAAACAGAGCCUGGAUUUGAUAUUGCAGACUCAACAGUGGAAAACUUGGAUGCUGCAAGUCAAUUAGAUCAAUCACACUCGACUUCAGUUGAGGAGCAUCCAAGCAAUCCUGUCUCAAGAAACCCUGACAUUGGUCUAGAGAAGCAGAAUGAGAUUACGCAAGAGCAUUCAGGAGUUUCAUUGGAUAAACCUACUGAAGCAAACUCACGUUCACGCAAAACACAGAAGAAAAAAGAAGUUUCUAAACGGCAAAGCCUAGCAGGUCAUGGUACCAUAUGGAAAUCUGGGGUAAGGCGGAGCACCAGGAUCAGGACAAGACCUUUGGAGUAUUGGAAAGGGGAACGGCUAUUAAUUGGGCGCAUACAUAAUAGUCUGCCGACGGUAAUUGGGAUGAAGUAUGCCUCUCCUGGAAAGGGUGAGGGAGAUGGUUCUUUGAAGGUGAAGUCGUUUGUCUCCGAUAAACACAAAAUGCUUGUUGACCUAGUUUCAUAUCAUUAAGAUGACUGCCAUUAAAAAAUGUGAGACAUUGAGUACUGUGGCCUUUAAUUUGUCUUUCCUUUCCUUCCUUUUCUUGUUCUUCCCUAGGAACAUUCUCUGUUUUAACAGCGGAAGAGCCUGUCCUUUGAGUCGAUUAGUUGUAGGAACUAGCAACCAUAUGUGAACACAACUUAGCCUGUUGUAAUAUUUUGGUUCUGUAAUGAUAAAUGUAUGAAGAUGGUUAUCUCAGUUGCAGUCUCUGGGAGCUCUUUUUCCUUACUCGUGCCUUGUCAU